AUGGCCUUUCUCUUUGGAGGCAGAGGGCGACAAAAGCAGCCCGCCGAGAUUGCCAGGUCGUUAAAAGACCUCCUGGUGAAACUCCACGAGCCCAGUCCCAGUCAAAAGGUGGAAGAAGAUGUCGCAAAACACAUGUCGCAGAUGAAAUUGAUUGUUCAAGGCAAUCCUGGUUCGGUCCCUCCGUCCUCCAUCAACCGUCCCGAAGAACCCUCUUCUAACAAAGAGAGUCGUCUAGAAGUUCUAUGCAGCCCCGAGCACGUGCACCAACUCGUGCACUGCAUCAUCCAGGAAGACAUUCUCUUCGAACUGGCAAAGUCCAUCCGUCUCCUCCCCUUCGAAGCCCGGAAAGAUGCCCAGAUCAUCUUCUCGCACAUCCUCCGCUACAAAGCCUCCUCAACCAACUCGUCGUCACAGUCCGCUUCGUCGGAGCCCUCGGCCAUCUCCUACCUCGUCCUGCAACGGCCCGAGAUCAUCGUCGAGUUAUGUCGCGGGUACGACUACCCACAAUCCGCAAUGCCAUGUGGGACGAUCUUACGGCAGGCGCUGGCAUAUGACACGAUUGCGGCGGUGAUAUUAUACGACGAGUCUCAACCGGGCGAAAAGGCGGUGCAUCUGAAAGAUCUGGAUGUCAGUCGCAAACAGACGGGCAAGGGAGUCUUCUGGAAGUUUUUUGAAUGGAUCAAUAAGAGCAGCUUCGAGGUGUCUGCCGACGCAUUUACCACCUUCAGGGAAAUCCUCACCAAACACAAACAACUUGUCUCACAGUACCUAGCGACAAACUAUACCCUCUUCUUCACGCAGUACUAUAACCCGAUCCUCCUCCUGUCCCCUUCAUACGUCACCAAACGCCAAUCCAUCAAACUGUUGGGAGAACUGCUGCUCGACCGCAGCAACUACAUCAUCAUGACCCAAUACGUCUCCAGCGCCGACCACCUGAAACUCACCAUGACCCUGCUCAAAGACGACCGAAAGAUGGUCCAGUACGAGGCCUUCCAUGUGUUCAAGGUCUUCGUGGCAAACCCGAACAAGAGCGACGAGGUCAAGAGGAUUCUGGUCAAGAACCGCGGGCGGUUAUUGCGGUUCUUGCCCACCUUCCUGGAGGGGAGGACCGACGACGACCAGUUCCUGGACGAGAAGAGCUUUCUGCUCCGACAAGUCGAGAUGUUGCCGGACGAAGAGUCUCUGGAAAGGGAGAGCCGAAGCGGUGGUGGACAGGGUGGUGCGGCGACGGGGGAGGGAAGUGGACAGGUCAGUGUUGGAGCAUGA